GUUUCAGGGCAAAGGUAAGGCAACGCCUUGACAUUUACAAUCAUAGGGGGUACCGAGAACCUCUCACACUGUGAUUUGGCCUACAUACACAUCGACAGGUAUGGAUGGGUGUUGGGUAUUCGUUUGUUUUCUGGCUACCAUUAGCCUUUCAGUGGAAGGAGCUGAAGUGUGGGAGAAUUUAAGACUUCCAUCGAUCAUUAAACCAAACCACUAUGAUUUGACGCUGCAUCCAAAUUUGACAACUGAUACAUUCACUGGGGUAGUUGAUAUAGAUGUCACCGUGACGGAACCAACUGAUACAUUCUUGGUUCAUAUCAAGGAACUGACCAUUAAGAACCCUAAAGUUAUGUUGAAAGAGACAUCCGCUGAACAGGCCAUAAGCAAAGAUUUCUCUUACGAGGAUAAUGAAUUUUACGUCAUUAUUACCACAUCUGAAGUGGCUCCCGGAGAUUAUCUUCUGCAUUAUGAAUUUUCUGGGUCUCUUGUUGGCAGCAUCGUCGGAUUCUACAAAAGCACAUACUACAACAAAGAUGGCAAACUAAUGAGUAUGGCGACGAGCAAAUUCGAACCUACCGAUGCCAGACGUGCGUUCCCAUGUUUUGACGAGCCAAAUCUUAAAGCUAAUUAUACAACCACUCUUGUUCAUACUGAUGAAUAUUUUGCCUUAUCCAACAUGGAUGUUGAUACCAAGGAAACCAUAGAUGGCCUUAUUUACACCAAGUUCAACCCUUCUGUCAAAAUGAGCACUUACUUGGCUUGCUUUAUCGUCUGUAACUUUAGCAGUGUUGAAGGUCAAACAGCAAGAGGUGUUCCGUUCAAAGUUUAUGCACCACACGAUUCUAUAUACCAGGCUGAUUACGCCUUAAGUAUUGGUAUAAACGUAACUGACUACUAUGAAGAUUACUUCGAUAUACCGUACCCGUUACCUAAACUAGAUAUGAUUGCCAUUCCUGAUUUUGUGUCCGGAGCCAUGGAGCAUUGGGGGUUAAUUACCUACCGUGAAACAAAUCUGCUGUAUGACGAACAAGAAUCCUCAGAGGGCAACAAGCAGAGGGUGGCAGCUGUAAUAGCUCACGAGCUGGCGCAUCAGUGGUUUGGAAACAUAGUGACGAUGGACUGGUGGGACGACUUGUGGCUUAAUGAAGGUUUUGCUAGCUUUUUGGAAUAUAGCGGUGUAAACCAUGCGGAGCCAGACUGGCAAAUGCUUGAUCAAUUCGUGACGGAAGAUAUGUAUUACGUCAUGGGAUUGGACCAGAUUGUUACGUCACAUCCAAUCAUUAUUGAAGUUAAUCACCCGGAUGAAAUAAAUGAAAUAUUCGAUUCAAUUUCAUACAGUAAGGGUGCCUCAGUUUUACGAAUGUUAAAUAACAUCAUGGGAGAAGAGGAUUUUAGAAAAGGGUUGACGGUUAGCGAUGUGGAUAUCAAAGGUUUAAUGGACACAUGGACUCUACAGAUGGGUUUCCCUGUAGUGAAAUUAAGUCGCAAAAACUCAGAUACUUUAUCUGCUGAACAAGAAUGGUUCCUUGUAGAUCCAGCUGCUAAUAAGAGUCAAGCUGAAUUCGAUUCCCCUUUCAAUUAUAAGUGGAACAUUUACCUAGAUUACAAAUUUCCCGGUGAAUCUGACAAGGUGCAGUUAAUGGAAACUAACGACAACGCUGUGGAUAUAUUUCCGCCAACCGAUUUCCAGUGGGUCAUAGCAAAUCUUAAUCAGACAGGAUAUUAUCGUGUAAAUUAUGAUCAGACCACAUGGGACAAUCUCAUUGACGAACUAAUAAAAAAUCACGAGGUGAUACCUAUAGCUGAUCGUUCUGGAUUAAUCGAUGAUUCGUUUAACUUGGCAAAAGCUGGACAAAUCGAUUACUUCAUACCGCUCAAUAUGACCAAGUAUUUUAUUAAGGAGACCGAAUACAUACCAUGGGACACCGCUUACAGCAACUUGAACUGGAUAAGUGAAAUCUUACGCUAUAGACCUGUAUUUGCUGACUGGAGGAAAUAUAUUCAACGCCAAGUAAAACCUCUUCUGGAUUCGCUUACGUGGGACGACGCAGGCACAACCCAUCUUGAGAGUUACCUUCGCUCAGAUAUCAUUGGCCUGUCUUGUAGUCACGGUGAUCCUGAUUGUCUUAGAGAAGCAGAAACUAAAUUCCAAGAUUAUCUAAAUGGUGUAAGAACCUCCCCAAAUGUACGAUCUUUGAUCUAUCGGUAUGGUAUGGAAAAUGCCGGCGGCCAAGCUGAAUGGGACAUGAUGUGGACACAAUACGUAACCGCAACUGUAUCUCAGGAGAGAACACGCCUUCUUUACGGCUUAGCAAGGACACGACAGGUCUGGCUACUUUGCAGAUAUUUGACAUAUGCUAUGAAUGAAACUAAAGUACGUUCUCAGGACUUUUUCACCGUAGUGAACUACAUCGCAGAUAACCCAGUUGGAAAUCCUUUAGUGUGGGAUUGGGUACGAGCAAAUUGGGAAAAAUUAGUCGAAAGAUUUGGUAUAAGUUCCAGAUCACUUGGUCGUCUAGUUCCAAGUAUUUGUGAGUUUUAUGCAACAGAAUUUAAAUUACAGCAGAUGAAAGACUUCUUCAAUGCAUAUCCAGAUGCCGGUGCUGGUGAGAGAGGGCGCAAGCAAGCACUGGAAAAAGUACAGACUAACAUCGACUGGCUAAAAGUAAAUGAAAAGAAAAUAGAAAUGUGGCUAGCAGACAACAUGUAAUAACAUGCACACUGACCACGGGAACACGCUCCUUUUCUUAUAUUAAUUUUAUACUAAAAGUUUGUAUGAAUCAAGACAAUUUUUGUAGUGAACGUUUUUGUUUAUACAGUAAUCCAUUAGGUUAAGUUGAAACCAGAUUACUUAGACAACAGUGCUCGAUGCAGGGGCAGACUUAUAAAAUCAAAACAAGAUGACGCUUGGUUACAAAAUCAACAUUUUAUUGCACUACAGGCUGUUUCAUGAGGUACUUCCUCAAUCGUCAGGUGCUAGGCUCUCUCUCUCUCCCUCUCUCUCUCACUUUCUCUCUCUCUCUCUCUCUCUAUAUAUAUAUAAUAUAUAUAUAAUAUGAAAUUUACAGUUCAUAUGUAUUAGAAUAAAAUACUGAAUUAGUAAUUAUUCCGAUUUCUUCUAUUGUAGCGCCCUCUACAUCCUAUUUCCGAAAUUAUUUCAGAUUUCAUGACAUAAAUACACGAAGUCAUAAUAAUUACAGAAAACGCAACUUUUAAAAUUGUGAAUUUGAAAGAAAAAGAAAAAAGAAAAUAGUUUAAACAGGUUGAAUAUUUAAAUUGAUAAUCAAUAAAAGUUGUUGUAUCGCCUAUGAAAAGUAAGAAAAAACACAUGUUAUUAAAAUAAAACCUAUUUUAAUACACAAUUAUAUUAUAUUUGCAAUCGGUGUGUUUUAAAUACGCAGACGUAUAAAGUAAGGUUAAUUGAAAUGUAAAUUGAACUAGGUGUUGAUUCUUAUGAUUAAAUUUAGUCGUGAGAACUGAUUCUUGAAUUCGAUUAAAGAGCCAUAGAACUGGAAAAUACAAGGACAUAACCACUAUAAACAAUAAUUAUUAUUGUAGGCCUUUGAGAUUUCAUAGAAGUGUGGAUAGAAAUAUUUAGUAAAAUUGAUUUUAUGAUAUGUUAAUAAUAAUAAAGGCGUGUAUAUCAGUUAUAUGCAAAAGAGAUCUGACGUGAAUUUAUAUUAUUAUGAUAUUCCAGCCAGCUUCAUUGUUCUAGCGGUUUGACACUUGCCAAGUUAGCGAAAGAUCGCAGGUUGAACGUUUUCCACAAGAAGAGCUUUUUCAUACAACUGAUUAGGAACAAAUUCUUAUAUUAGUUACAGGAUGAUAGAUAUUAUUAUAAAAUAUCUUGUUCCUAUAUUUGAUCACGGUUCCUAUUAAUUUACUUAUUUGUUUAUAAUGUUCGAAGAAACAUGGAGCAACUUUAUGUAAUAUGUUUAUUCACUAUAAUUUUAGCUGUGUAUUUCUAUGGUUUAAUACUAUUUCUACAGCUUUUCUAUGUGAGGGCGUAUAUUAUUGUAUGAGAUGCUGAUCUGGGUGUAUUAUUAAAUAAACCAUGACUUAUCAAAGAGAUAAACGUUAAACCGUCUUGCGGUAAUAGUAAAGCAUAUUAAAUUCUGAGAAUCUGCGAGUGUGAAAAAAGUUGCUCGAACCCGGGAACUUCAUUUGUCUAUUGAGACAACUGGGUCACUGGGAUGAGAAACGGUUGAUACUUUGAAUAUAAUAUAGUCCUAUAUAAACAGAUUUAUAGAUAGUAAUUAUAUAUAUAUAUAUAUAUAUAUAUAUAUAUAUACAUAUAUAAGUGAGGUAAUUAUCGUAUCAAGCACAGGUCUUCAACAAAAAAAUCAUAUAACGAUGCAAACUUGCUAAUUGUACCGACACAAUUUUGUAUAAUGUUAUUUAGUAGUUCAUUAAAGCAUUCCAGAAUCCACUGUUCAUCACACAUUUUCAUAUCCGUCAAUGUAUCAACAGUUGUAAUAAAACAUGUAAUUGACAUCAUG